AGCAGUGUGUUUGUUGUUUAGUUUGUUGUGUAAUAUUUGUGUUACGCGGCGAUGGUGAGAUUACGUGAUAAUUUCGUGUGCAAUUUAAUACAUAUUAUAUUCCUUCGGUGCUGAGAAAAUCAACCUCCAACAAGUGGAGGAACCGAGGAAUCCAUCUGGUAAAAUGUAGAUUAAAUUCGUCGGCCGGAGAGAGAUGCUGUGCCUCAACAGUACGAUGAAGAUGACCGGAUUCUUUCUGAUAUUAUUCCUGAAGAUCCUAAACGUAAAAUGUGUCCAUAUGAAAGGCACUUGGAAAAGCGAGGAUUUUUUCAUGUUCGUGGUGAAAUUCGGCUUCCAAAAGACUGACUUGCACAAUCCAUAUUCAUCCGGAUACAUUUAUGGCAAUAUGACGACUGAUAAUUAUAAGUCCAACAGAACCGCUAUGUUCGUGGUACUCGAUAACGAUAAUUUUAUCGAAUACUAUCCGUACAGAUUGUUUAAAAACAGAACGAAAGCUUGUCAGCUGAUGUUCCAUAAGAUCUCGUUUGGUAAAUGCGUUCAAGGCGAGAAGAUCGAUUUCGUUAGCGAAAUCCCUUGUAGAAAGAAUCACCUAUGUUCGAACGCUGGCAAUCCAGCUGAUUUCAUUUACAGGUCUCAGUUCUCCUAUCAGAUCACAGAUUUCCAGCAACCGAAAUUUUGGUACGCCUCGUUCGCUGCUUGUUACCUAAACCAGGACACUUGUACUUGGCAUUACUCUAAGGAUAGAAUCAAAAUCGAUUAUGAUAUCUGGUUUGUAAACGGUAAUCCUAAUCGCAGCUCGUUUAAUCCAUUUGUUUACCAGUUUUCAUUCGAUAAACAUGACACGGUGGAAUUAUUCCUAUUGUUUUUUGUAAUUUACGCGUUAUUAGUGCCAGUUCAAAUUUACGCAGUUACCCAUCAAAGUCACCCUGUAACCAAGCUUUUUACUGCUAGUCUAUUAAUGGAAUUUUUUGGUGUUUCUAUGAAUUUGCUCAGUGCUUUUAAAUUUGCCAUUGACGGAGAGGGAUAUCCUCGAAUAGCUGUUAUGGGUGACGUUCUGGAUAUUUUAUCCCGGACAACUUUCAUGCUGUUGUUAUUAUUACUCGCUAAAGGAUGGGCUGUUACUAGAAUGCAACUAACAUGGCAUCCAUUCGUAUUUGUAAUUUGGUUAAUAUACGGAAUGGUGCAUAUUUUAUUGUAUAUAUGGAAUAAAGUGGAAAUCGAUAUCGUUAAAGACAUCGACGAAUAUCAAACGUGGCCCGGUUGGUUAAUAAUACUACUCCGCAUUGUGAUCAUAUUUUGGUUCCUGUUAGAAUUAAGAAAUACCAUGAAAUAUGAACACAAUCGUAAGAAAUUGAAUUUCUUCUUGCAUUUUGGAGCAUCAGCCCUGGUCUGGUUCAUCUAUCUACCUAUAGCAGCUUUAAUAUCGACAGAGAUAUCGCCAUUAUGGAGAUAUAAAUUAUUACUAGCUAUAACAUAUGCUGCUGAUUGUUUGGCGUAUUGUAUAAUGACUCAUUUACUCUGGCCCACCAGAAGCGAGCAAUAUUUUUUGUUAGCUACUUCAAUCGAUACCGGUGGCGAUGAAUUGGAUGUUUUCAACGAAGCUCCUCAUGUUUUAAACGACUACGUUCCAGCUUCACCAGCGUUGUCUGAUUCUGCUCAAUAUUUGAAAUUAAUCGACUUAAAUCAUUAUUCGUAAUCCGGUUACCCUAUACAUGUAAGUUGUGCUAUUUUUGUAGGGAUUUUUUUAGCGAUAUCAGCAGCGAUAUGAUUUAGAGUCUCGCGUUUGUAAAUAUUACAUAUCAAUGUGUACGUGUGUUUUUAAAAAAAAAUAUCGCCUGUACAGAUGAAAAGUUACGAGUUUUAUCAUGUUUUAGGGUUUAAUAAUAUUUUGAAUUUUAAUAUUACUUUUCGGAUUUUUUUUCGCCUGUGCAUAGGCUUUGUUAGAUUUUAAUUUUUAUGAUUAUUUAUUGAAUGAAGUAUUCCUUUCAUUGUGUUGAACACCACAAUGACAACUUUUUAUUCGAAUGUUUUAAUUUCAUUCGUCGUUUAUUUUUCUGAGAUACGUACGUUGAUGGUAUUAUUGCUUUUGUUUAUUUUGAUUGAGUUUUUCUCAACAAAGAACUCAAUUCAAUCUACAAUUUUUAUGUAUAUUUAAUUGUUUUAUUCAAAGUAUUCGAUUCGAUAUUACAAUGUUUUUCGUAGAUCGUAAAUUAGAAACAUUGUUGUGUUUUUAAGAAGUUGGAAUUUUUUGUAUGAUAUUUUUGUGACUUUUUUUCGCAUCUGGUUACCUUUUUUUAGUUACUUAUUUGCAUUUUUUUUCAAACUAUCGCGUUUAUUAGAACAAAUCUCGAAUUCUCAUGCUACAUGACUUGAGACAGCGAAUUGUGUAAAUUCAUUGUAAAUGCAAUUUUAAAAUACAUUUCUAUGAGUUUUUCAA